GUCACCGCAACAUAUAUAAGAAGAACCAGCAGCAAACCUGUCAGGAAUCUCCAGCAAGCAUCUUCCCAACACAUCCUCUCUGUGAAAAUGUUGGCGGCAUUGGCUCUGGUUCUGCUGGUGUGCAGUGCGACCGAGGGACGGAUUCUCAAAAAAUGUGAGCUGAAGGCACAACUCAAGGCGGCUCAGAUUCAGGUGAUUCAGGCCGUGGGAGACAAAACAACCGUGGACAAAUUCAUCACUACAGUUGUGUGUAAUGUGGAGAACAUUUCCGGCUUCAACACCAGCCUCGUCACCAGAGUCCUGAUCAAACAAGAUAAGAUCAGACCCCCGGUCCAAAUUCCUCCCAAACCAAAAGUUCUAAAAAUACCAGCAAAAGUAUACAUUGAUACGAAAUUAAAAAAAGAAUACAUAAUCCCUGUUAAACCACAAAGUCUUCCCAAGGGAAGACCUGGGAGAUCUGUCCCUAAGGGCAAGACCGUUGUGAUACUGGGAGCAAAGGAUCUGCACCAUGAUCUGUUCCCGGGAAAGGUCCGCGUCGACUCGACGUUCGUGGAGGAAAGCUCCGGAGAUAGCUCAGAGGAGGAACGUAAAGAUGUCGUCGCAUGGAGCCUGUUGGGAGUCUUCCAGCUAAAUGAUCACGUGGCUUGUAACUCCGGAUUGAGUGGAUCACUAAACCUUUGUGGUCUGAAGUGCAGUGCUCUCGUCGAUGAUGACAUCACCGAUGACAUCGCUUGCUUGAAGACUUUGGCGAGAAGUCGCGGCAAGUUCAUUGGCGUCGAUCCCAAGAACAGAUUCCUGCCUAAGUUAUUGGCAAAGGAGCUGGUGAAGGAGUGUCACUCUGUCGUUUCUUCUAAGUAUUUCCCCAAGUGCGCUUAAAACAUCGCGACGGAUGAAGCUUCUCCAUGCGACGGCUGGAACCACCAUCUUCACCGCUGAGGUUUUUCAAUCACACGCUAGGAGAUUCAACGGUUACUUUUUCACAUACUUAAAGACCCAAUGAACUCAAAAUUGUACCUUUAGGCUUUUAGAUCAUUUAUAUGCUAAUGUACCUGAGAAAAUUGAAUUUGAGGUUUAUCCAUAUUUUUUGUCUAAUAAAAUGCUCUAUAGAAAGAGAAUAUCCCAGCCCCUAAAAUAUACAUGAGAGGCUUGUUUAUGACAUGAAAUAGCUUUCAGCAAGAUUCAAACUAAAAAAAAAAAAAAAAAAAAACUUUAAGUUUUUAUCGUCUCAAGGUUAUAUGAGCUCAUUGUAAAUGGUUAAAAAGAAAAUUGGCAUUUUGAAGAUUCAAAAUCACAACUCUAGGGUCAGUAAGAUUUAUUUAUAUAUUUUUUAAAUAUAUUCAGCAAGGAUGCAAUGCUUAUAUGCUUAUAAUGUUACAGAAAAUGUCUAUAUGUUUUCCAAAAAUCCUAAAAAAAAAAA